AUGUGCGGCAUUUGGGCCAUUAUAGGCGAGCAGGUCACCCCACAGCAGCAGGAUGCUUUCAUGAAGAUUGUGGGCCGUGGUCCGGACCUGACCGUACUCGAGGAGGUUCAGCCGAAUGUCCAUCUCGGCUUCCAUCGUCUUGCUAUCGUUAUGGUCAGUCUCUUCUCGAUCCAAUUCUCCCAUUUAGCUGUUCUUUAUAGCCCGGAGACACUCCGAGUGCACAACCGAUUGUCGGCGGCGGUUUGUCUGUCGUCUGCAACGGAGAGAUCUACAAUCACCAGUCUCUCAAGGUAAUAACUUUUGAUCUGGUUUCUGGGUGAACUCAUUCCGAAUCGCCUCUGCAGAUUGACUGUCCGUGCACACUGAAGAACGGCGGAAGCGACUGCGCAGCCAUCAUUACGUCAUUCAUCAAGCACAGUACGUGUUUUGCAUUUUGCGUGCAAGAGCAAACAUUCAGCAGAGAUCAAGUUGUUUGUUUCAGAAGACCUCAAGGAAACAUGCGCUUCCCUGGACGGCGUGUUCGCGUUCAUCAUGGCCGACGCGAAGAACGUCUACAUCGGAAGAGAUCCGAUCGGAGUCCGUCCCCUUUUCUAUGGCUACAAUUCGAACGGUGAGCGAGCACUUCCACUCAUUCCGCAGUCCAGUCAAGUCUCCUUCCCAUUUGAUCUACCCUCAGAAGUCAAACAAAGACGGAGGCGCGCUUCUUUCGUAAUCAAAUUCCAGUCAACACACUCUCUUCCAUCCAAACAAAGAUUACGUCAUUUUCAGGUUCACUUCUCAUCGGCUCCGAAGUGAAGUGUAUCGAAGAGCUGUGCGAGCGCGUCGAAUACUUUCCACCGGGAUGCUGUGCCACAAUCAGCCUUUCGUCUCCAACCCGUCCAGUUCAAGCACAACAAUACUACAGUGUUCCCAGCGUUGCCGACCGCUUCCUGAGCAUCGAAUGUACACAGACCCUGGUUCGUGAUGUGCUCGUCAAGUCCGUCGAAAAGAGACUAAUGGGCAACCGAAACUUUGGCUUCAUGCUCUCCGGAGGCCUCGACUCUUCACUCAUUGCCUCCAUCGCCACUCGCUUCUUGAAGCAGAAGCCGGUUGCCUUUUCGGUCGGAUUCGAAGACUCUCCGGAUCUGGAGAACGCGAGAAAAGUGGCUGAUUACCUGAAGAUUCCACAUGAAGUUCUCGUCAUUACUCCCCAGGAGUGCAUUGAUAUUAUCCCCGGUAAGAGUCUUUGUGAGCACAACCUUUCCGUUGACCUAACCUUCGAAAUUUAUUUACAUUGGAAGAAAAAGGUGCUAGAGCACUUUCAUUUGGGUCAUUUCAGAAGUGGUGUACGCUCUGGAGACCUUCGAUCCUCUGAUCAUCCGCUGCGGAAUCGCUCAUUACCUCCUCUGCCAGCACAUUUCCAAGUCAUCCGAUGUGAAAGUUCUUCUUUCCGGAGAAGGAGCGGAUGAGCUGUUCGGAAGUUACGCCUACAUGCAGAAGGCUCCGAAUGCUCUCCAUCUGCACAAGGAGAUCCUCCGUCGCAUGCACCAUCUUCAUCAAUACGAUGUCCUCCGCUGCGACCGGUCCACUUCGUGCCACGGCCUCGAGAUUCGGGUUCCGUUCCUCGACAAACGGUUCAUUGACCUUGUGUGCCGUCUCCCACCAACUUACAAACUGAUGCCGAAGAAAUUGGAGAAGCAUAUUCUGAGAAGUGCUUUUGAAGGAUGGCUGCCGGACGAGGUUCUCUGGAGAAGCAAAGAGGGAUUCGCCGAGGCUCUCGGAAAGACAGAUCUGGGAGACAUUCUGAUGGAGCAUUCGGAUAAGCUGAUCUCCAAGGAUCUAUAUGAGAAUCGCGCUGAACGAUUCCCAGACAAGACGCCGGAGACGACGGAGGAGUACUGGUACCGGCAGAUCUUCGAGGAGACCUUCGUCUAUGACAAGAUGGGACAUCUGGUGCACACCAAAGUUUAUAGGUGAGAAUUUUGUUUGAACGGCCGUCUAUCAGCACCAACCAUUUUGUUUUCAGAACUGCUGCGUGGCACCGAUCCGAUGAAAAGGAGAAUGUGAACGGAGACCGCGAGACGGAGACUCUCGAUGUGAAAAGCGACGAUUUGCUGCGAUUGCGUCGCCGAUCGACGGGCUCUCUGGGCGUUGCAUAA